AUGACGGCACCCGAGACGAAACCUACGGAAAAAAUACAUCAAAUUGCGGCACCAUCAAAACAUUCAGAAAUUAUUACGACAGGCCGAACUACUCCAAAAUCACAAUGUCUCCUUACCGACGGGACGAACAUUACUUCAACCGAGCAAAUUACUCAUAAUCAAAGAAGCGAUCUCGAUUUCAUACGAACCAACAUCGAUAAAUCAAC